AUGCAUCUCCAUAAUCGAAGUAGAGGUUAUGAGCAAAACGUAGGCCUCGGAGCAUCUGCAGCUGAAACGCCCGACAACGGCGGCGAUCGUCGGUCGGGGAUUCGACAAAGUUCCGGCUCGCAGCGAUUGAUGCAGAAGCGCAUUUUUCGUGUGCCACCAGGAAUCACCGUCCGGUCGAUAAAACGCCAACCUUCGAGGGAUGGCCUGCUUUUAAGCGACCGCGACCGGGAGGAAGAACCGGUUUACCUGCCCGCAAUGCCCGGAUGGAUCAGCCGAUCUCGCGCCGAUCGAGCUAUGGAUGUCUCCAACGCUGCCGAAGCGUGCUCGAAUUCCCUGGCUGAUCACUCUCUGAAAGCUGGCGAUGUUCUGGCUUUCAGGCAGGAGGUUGCAUGA